GUAGUUCUUAGGUUUCUUUUCUUCCUCCAUGUUACAACUUUUCCGGACACAGAAAACUCUUUCGCCAUGUCAUCUCCGCCGUAUCUGUUCUCGUUGCUGGGGAGUUCGAAAUCCCUGUCCGCUGCGGGCGUCGUCGGUUGGUCGCAGUCCGCCACAGACGAAGCGGUGCUCAAUGACGACAGCCUGGACGCGCUGAAAAAGUUUCGGCAACUGUUCGGCAUUUCCCUGGACUGGACCAAGUUUCCCGUCGUCCGGGUGGCCGAGUGUGACCCAGAGCACAAGUAUGUCAAGCGGGCCGGGUGCCGACCGGGCGAUGUGCUGCUCGCGUUGUGCAGCACGGUGGACCGCGUCACGUUGGUCACGCAGUGGUACAUCUCCGGCAGUACCUCCCCGGAACACGUCAUCAUGGAGAGGGUGUAAUUUUUUUCUCGAUUGGUUUCAAGCCAAGAAAAGAGCAUCAUGAUAAAGUAAGACCGGCUGCAGAUAGAAGUGACAGUGAGAAUAUCUGUGGUGAUCCACCUGGUCUUGUUCUUUUUGUGUGAACAAUGAAUAAUUUUCGUAACAAGGUUGACUUGAAUACGCGUGAUCAUAACUUCAAUGCUUUGUCCACAGGUCAAGCAACGCAUCAAAGAAAAGAAACCGCAAGUGGUGUCCUUCAUCUUUUUGUCGCAUAAAAACGCGCACGAGUACUUGCAGCUGCAGAUACCGGACUUGCAGACCGGCAAAAAGCCGGGGCUGUCUUUCGCGCGAGGCACGGGGAAGGUGA